CAGGUUAUUCUUGCAUUUCUGUUUGCUUUCGAAGUAAACACCCUAGGUCUGGUCUUUAAAGGUUCUUGCCCCAACGGGAUUGGCCGUUAUUUGGAGAUAAUAAAAUGUAAUGGAACGUCGUGUUCUGCAGGAAUCUCCGGACGAAGCUGUAAUCCCUCAAAAACAAGUAGGUUGCUUUUUAUACCCCGUGUUUUUUCUCUCAGUUUUUAAGUUACUUCAAAAUUUGUGAGCAAUGAAUCGAAAAAAAAAAGGUGUGAUCAUUAAAUAUAGUGCAGUGUAGUCGAAUUUUUUUGUGAUAUUUGUAUGUACUGCUGUUAAAUGACCAAUGUUUCUGACACCCACAUUUUUAUAAAAGCGGCGGUAAUCCGUUUUUCGGCUUUCUAAAGAGAGUCUGAAAUGUUAUACAUCUCUUCACAUCAUCCCUAAAUGGGCGGCAGGGCGAGAGAAUAAGAAGAGAAGAAUAAGAAUGACAAGUAGAAAGUAAACAGAUCUAAUUUGUAGAUACUUUAGAUAACCUUAUCUACAAACGUUCAAAAGAAUGGUAUAAACUUCGAAGGUAUCCUAGCUUCUUGCAUGAUACAACUUGAUCAUAGCGGCACAAAAAUAGACUUAGUUGCGAGUUUAUAGAUGUCAGUGAGCCGGACAUUGCUUAUUGUACUAAGAAAAUGUUUGCCAUUUUGCGCUUUUUUCAUCUCCAUUCAGUUUUUGUAGGUCAGUUCACCUUGUUGGAGACAUACAUUGUUAGGCGACCGGUCGGUCAAAUAUCAUUCCCUCACCAAACUGAAAUAACUCCGUGUUUGAGUGUGCAUCUUGGUUGACCGUGAUCGAAGCUUUUGGCAUAAUAAAAAGUGUGAUGCACAGGCGAAUAUGACGUAAUUCAAAAUGGGACCGAAGAGCUAGACGAAGGACAAAAAAAGUUGCUGGAAAGUUCACUUCUGAGUACCCAAUUAGCCCGACCAAGUACCAUAAUAUCACCAAGAUUAGGAUUUGUGUUGGCAUAAGCAGUAUAUAUAUAUAUAUAUAUAUAUAUAUAUAUUUUUUUUUUUUUAAAGCUAUUACUAACUUGAAAAAUGAAUAAUUUCUAUUCUUUGAUUUCUAUUUUUCCAGGUUUCAAUAUUAUAAACGCUCCUGCUACUGGAGGAACGACUCGGAAGUGUAUUCAAUUUACUAAUAAUAGUGUUAGUUACGCCCUGAAAGUCAUUGGAACUAAUCCUCCUACUCUACAGUUCAUGGUGAGUGCACAGUCCAUUCAUGCAUGGGAGCUUAAACUCAGCAUACGGCCGGAAUUUUAUUCGAAAGUGGACUCAGAUCUGUAACAGUUAACAUUAAGUGGACUAACGUUUACGCAGCAGUGUGUAAUCAAAGGGUGGGCGAGAAUUCAAAGGAAUUUUUCACUUUUAUUUAUUUAUUUCUAUUGUGGGUCUAUAGACUAAAAAGUAUAAUUCUAAUUCUGCCAGAGAUCGUCCUCGUACUAUCCAGAAAUCGGGGGGGAAGGGGUACUGCCAUAUAUGGGCUAUAUAGGUUUGUGUCGCUGUGAAGGGCAUGGUUUUCAAGCAGUUUACUGUAUGAUAGGGUAUAUAAAUCAGAGCGUUUGGGUCUAGAAUAGGGUAUCAUUUUUCAGGAAACUGAUCAGUUAGUUGAAGAUUUUGCCUAGACAAGGGAAACAGCUACUCUAGGAUAGGUGGACUUUGGGGAGUUUACUCUAGUAUAGGGAAGCAAAUUUCAGCUGAGCUAGCUCUGGUAUACUACUCCCCCCAAGGUCUGCUCUGCUGCACAGCCGUUAUAAGCAUGUCGGGCCCAUGUCGCCACGCAACGCACCUCGGUUGGAGCGAGGAGCGUUGCGUGCCUAAGGCUCGAAAUAUGAGCAUCGGCGAUCAUCGGCAUUGUUGCGUAACAUUCAAAAUAUAAGGAUUUGUAUGGGAAAAAAACCUAUCGUUCCUGUAACCUAUGAAAAUGAAAGGAUGUCAAUAAAAAACAGCUUACCAUACUUAAAAUGUGUGUUACGUCUCUCCUGUGAGGUCCACGGGCCAUGGGUUUUUAUGUUAACGGUUUUCUGAUAUAAAGGAGAAAACCGUUAACAUAUAAAACCCAGAAAACGGCCAUAGAAUAAAUUUUUCGAAAUCCUUUCAUUUUCGUAGGUUACAGAAACGAUAGGUUUUUUUCCCAUACAAAUCCUUAUAUUUUGAAUGUUACGCAACAAUGCCGAUGCUCGCCGAUGCUCAUAUAUCGAGCUUGGGUGACAACAACCACACAAAAGUAGUCUAAGGGGCCGUCGACAUAUUCACUUUUCCUCCGCUUAGCGGGUGGUGGGGGCGAGGGGGGGAGGGAUUAGAGCAGUGGACGUCAGUGUGGGACAUUUUAGGACAAAAGGAAACAGAUGCAUUUUCAUAAAUUUUACGUCAUCUGUCGAACGGCGCUCGUGACAUUAUUUAAGAAGGACCAAUUAAAGAAGUGAAUGUCAAUUGUGAUCUUUAAAACUCUCCUCUUAACUACUAGCAAAUUGUACGUUUUACUUUGUGAUCUUUAAAACUCUAUCCUAAAGUAUGAAGUUUCUACCACGUUUUAAAAGCAGUAAAUCGAGUGUUGAUACCAUUGACAUCUCUUGCAUCUUCUUAUGGAUGUCGGUAUUCCUUCUGGAAUGCAGUGACUUUUGGGCAGCAAAAUAUCGAAAGAUUGUUUUUGAUUAGCUGGGAAAACAAUAGGGAUUGUCACAUAACAACGUCCCUAUCCCUGAAAACAAUGGAGGUGCAGAUUAAAGGGGACCAGUGAAAUAAGAGGUUUAAAACGGUGCAGGUCUACUGAAAAUUUAAAGUGGACAUUAACGAGGAGGGGGGGGGGAAUGGGGGGGAUCUGACCUAAACGUCCAGUUGACGUUAAGCGGAGAAAAAGUGAAUAUGUUGACGGCCCCUAACUGGAAGAGGAUAAUCGAAGUCUCUUUAGUGACAUAUAAACUAUCCUUUAAAUUUGCAGAAACAGCCACAAUGUGAUCAAACGACCAAGGUCGACAAUGCGUAUCUGUUCGAGGAGCAGCAGAUAUCAAGUGGCUCAGUCUAUAUGGCCUAUAUCUAUACACACAAUAAUACACGAAUGUGCCUGUCCCGUGUCUGUAAAGACACAGCACUAACUCUUAAAACAAUUAAAGUC